UCCAUUGAUUAUGGAUCUAUCAAAUUGACAAAUAUUAUGUUACACGUCCAUGUGACUAAAUCUUCUUUCUUUCUUUCUUUCUUUCUUAUUGAAAAUAAAUACCCGUAACAACUUCGAAAGAAAUCCUCAUGUGUGUAAACCCACAAACGGAACUCAUCUAUUUCAAUAGAUCAACACUCGAAAAUGGUUGAAACACCAAGGCUCACAUACGCCAACGCCGGCGGUUUCUUACCAGAUGGCGCUACCUCAUUACCAUCUCCAUCUCCAAGUAUAGCAUCAAUCCGAGGGGCUGCGCGCCUCCCAUUCCCGCGAUCGAAACCGUUAGCCCGAGGUUCUAGAAAGGAGGAUUACGCUAGGAACUAUGUCUCGGAGCGAUUGAUGCAUAUUUCCCGUCGCUUCGUCAAAAAGCAUGGAAUUCCCGACCCUGCUGAUGAAGUGACCGGAUACGAAAGCAUGGAUGAAGUGUGUAAGGACCUAGAAGAGGUUAUUGAUGUACUCUGGUUCUCUGGUACUCCCAGCCUUCAAAUCCCAUACCUCUUGAAUGUCGCGCUUGCUUUCAACACUUACCUCCCCGCAUUCCGACCGUCCCCGCGAUCUACAUUCGCCCUCUUGAAGAAACUCGAUCAUUGCUUCUCGAGCCUACUCCUCGGUCGCGAUAUUAAGACGGGACUGCCGCUACCAGGAUUUCAGGGAAACGGAAGAGGUCUUACAAGGACAGACAUGGUGCGAUGUAAGAGUAUCGCCGACGAGACCCGUAUGCUGGUCGCCAUGAUUAUGAGCGACGACCCAGACGUCGAGAACUUCGUAGACGGCGACGACGACAACAGAGUUACACGACGAUCACCUUUAAGACGCAACGUCAGCGUUUCACUAUCUACCGGAUUCAUACAAUCACCAGUUUUCGAUGACGAAGGUGAGGAUAGCGACGAGGACGGUAGAAUAAAAUUCGAAGACGUUUCACAAUUCGGGGAAGAUUCGGAAUUAAGCGACUCGGAACACGUUCCAUCUAAACGUAAACCCGAGACUGCGGGUUUACAAGACGAAGAGAACGGAGACAACGCCAAACGAAUAAAAGUCGAAGAGGACGAAGAUCUAAGCCCGAAGUUCAGUGAUGCAGCUCCUGAGAAUAGAAGUCCAGAAACUGCGAUCGACGCGCUUAAGCCGAGUCAACCGGGCGAGAAGUUCCACUGGAUGGUUGAUGAUGACGACAGCGAUUCUGAUGACGAGGCAACUCCGAAUAUCACACACAAUGAGUCUAUCAUCGCGGGAGCCACUACUAUGUCUACAGCAACACCGCCGGUACAAAUGGCUGCCGACAUGGAACAGGACAUGGAUGUGCCGGAUGGAGGUGACGAAGUAGAUGAUGAGGAAGAGGAACUACAAUUGAAUGUUGGCAAGGUAUAUGAAAGAACACUUGUUCAGCUUGGCAAGUCAUUGGGCGAGUCUAUAACCAAUGGAUAGGGAUCAUUGUCUGAAGAAACUCUACCCAUUUACCGUGUCUAAAUAAGCAGCUACAAUUAUAAUUACUAUAAUCGCUAUAAUCACAUUAGCUUCAUAUGAUAUGAA